AUGGCUCACCGCAUCGUCUCCCAAGUCAUCGUCACCGGAGCCCGGGUCUUCGGCCGCGCCUUCGCCGAGGCCUACAAGCAAGCCCAGGCUUCCGGAAAAUACGCCGCCCAGAAGAAGAACGGUGGCGGCACUUUCACUUCCUCCGGCCUGACCCUCGACGAGGCCUGCAAGAUCCUCAACGUCAAGCCCCCAGCCGGCGGCGAAGCCAACCUCGAGCAUGUUAUGGAACGGUUCAAGAAGCUGUUUGACCUGAACGAUCCCCAGAAGGGUGGCAGCUUCUACCUGCAAAGCAAGAUCCUGCGGGCACGCGAGCGCAUAGAGAUGGAGGUCCGCGAGGCAGAGCGCAAGGUCGCUAGUGAGAAGGAAAUUCGCGAGGGUUGGAACCCCAAGGUGUACAAGGACCGGUGA